AUGAGCGAAACAACUUCACAGCAAACGACAACUCCUGUCCGUCGGAAACAUAGCAGACAGAGCACCAAGUCAACCGCUCAUAAGGCAUAUGCGUCUGAAAACGAUGUUGCUGUGCUGGAAACUCCGCGGCCUCAUAUGCCGAAAACACCAAACAAGACGGGCGAGACUUCUACUCCGGACACCGACUUUCCUUCAUCGCAGCAUUCGAAUAGCAAAAGUAGGGCAAAGAAUAAGGCGAAUUCAAAAAAUGUUCCUCUGUCUCCCGACCCGACACGGUACGGUCGCCAAACCCCUCCGCAACGAUCCGUUUCGAUCAAACCGGGCAUCAAUACCGCAUUUGCGGGUGCUACUUUCCAUGCAUCUCCUGCACCAUCUGCUCUGCCCAUUCCAAGCUUCCUCUCCAAGUCCUCAAGCGGAUCGCCCGCUGCACCGGGCAAAGGGGCGCUCCAAGAACCAUCACCACCCCCAACUGAUGGGGAUAUACCUACACCUUUUCGACCAUCAUCAGUGCCUAAGAUGAGUGAGUCACCGCUAGACUUCAUGUUUCGCGCGCACAGGGAAGAAAAAGAGAGAAAUUUUCGAGAGAAUCUUCCAAGUCACUCUUCCAGUACUUCUCAGUCGCCGCAACAUUCGCAACCGAGUAACAUCGGAGGGCUUCCAAAGCCGUCAAGUCUGCCGCAUCAAAGACGGACUUGUUUCCGGCAACAAGCAGGUGGCAUUGAUUUUUUGGAACUGGAUGGCACACCAGGCAAACCGCUUGGUCCAGCAUUCUCAACCCCGUACCAAGAACGAAUCAAAGCUGCUCGGUCUGUCUCAAAUAGUAACACUCCUCGCAGCACUGGCCAGACCGCUGGUUACCUCAACGAGUCCGAGCCAGUCGAAGAUCCGGCAGAAGCAUUAAAGAAGUUUCUUUUUGGCAGCAAACCUUUAAUCUCUACUGGUCCCUUGCGAACUGCUACUGAAACCAAAUUUAUACAGCAGACCGUAGCCAGCGCGAAUCCUUCAAUGUCAACUGGCACUGAGUCUGGGCCGAAGACUGUUCGCGCAGACAACAUUGAGGAAAUGGAAAAUGAUCUUCGGCGGAUUUUGAAAGUAGAUAUGACCCCAGGGUCGGACUCUGGGAGCCGUGCUUUUUUUUCGAGAUGA